UCGUUGGCUACCUGUGCGCUGCUGUUGGGCCACAAGUUUGUGGAGCCGAUGACCGCCAGACGUGUAGAGCACGAGAAGACACGCAAACAAAUCAAAGAGAUGUGGACUCGAGAGCUGAAGCGUAUGCACGAAGCCGUCAAUAACCUGCGAAAGGCCCGCGCCUUAUAUGUCACCCGACAGCAGGAGCUCGAGAAGGCUCGCCAGGGACUCAGGACUAGUGAGUCGGGUGUCGACUGGUCGGCCGAGAAGAUCGACAAAAAACGUCGCGCCGAAGAGGACGCCUCUGUGCGGGCCCGGGAGGCGGAACUGGGCUACAAGGCGUGCGUCCAGGAGGCCAACUACCGGGCCUCCCAGCUCCAGAAGGUCAAGAAGGACCUACUGGUGCGCAUCCGGGAGCUACUGAGCGGGUGCGAGGCCACCAUGAAAACAGCCACCUGUUCCUACUUUCAGUUGUGUCACGUGGUGUCGGCGCCCCUACCCGUCCAGUUGCAGUCGCUGUCGGAGUCGGUGCGCAAUUACGAUCCCGGGUCGGCCUACUUGGAGUUUGUUAAAAGGCUACCCGAGCCGCACACCAAUCAAACGAAGUUCACGUUUCAGCCGCACAUCACCACUGAUCACGACUCAAGUGAGUCCGACUCCAACGGGUCCUCAUCGCCGGCUGCCAGCCCUCCCACUCGGGGCCCGCCGUCGGGACUCAUGUCGUCCGGCGAUGAGUUGGAAACCGAUCACGACUUCAACACAGACAGCGGUUACUACCCGUCCGGUCGUAAGCCGAUCAACGCAUCCCUGUCCACAGCCAUGACGGCGAUGUCGAAAGCGGCCGAAACCCACAAGUUUCGCAAACUGAAGACCCCCUCCCGGUGCCGAGAGUGCGACUCCUAUGUCUACUUCCAGGGCUUGGAGUGUCUGGAGUGCGGACUCGGCAGCCAUAAGAAGUGUUUGGAGACACUGGCCAUACAGUGCGGUCACGUGAAACUGCCCCGACGUAUGACCACCUUUGGGGUGGCGCUCAACGCCCAGACCAACUCCGAUGUGCCCCUUAUACUAAAGAAGUGCGUCCAAGAGAUCGACACCCGGGGCUCAAACAUUAAGGGCAUAUACCGGGUGUCGGGCGUCAAGUCGCGGGUGGAGAAGCUGUGCCAGAGUUUCGAGUCGGGACAGGAUCUCGUGGACCUGUCCUCCACCCCUCCCAAUGUCAUCGCAAAUGUACUCAAAUUAUACUUAAGACAGGUAUGUGUCCAUUGA